CUUUUAAAUUUUCUCUCUCCUCUUCUCUUCUCUUCCAGAAAAAAGGAUCAGAAAAUUUUCUCGGCAUUGAAUCCUUGUUUUCCCGGAAAGUUAAAAGGAAAAAGAAAAACAGGAUUCGUUUCAUUUAAAAUAUGUUAAGAAAUGAAUGGAAAUGAAACAGAAGGAGUGAAAAUGGAGGAAUGUAAAGAAAUGGCGGUUUAUAUGUGGGGAUAUUUACCGGCAGCUUCGCCGGAGAAAGCUCCGAUGUUGUCUCCUGUUCCCGUCCCGUUACCGGCUUCGGCUUCGUCGUGGAAGGACGUUUGUGGUGGUGGUUGUGGAUUUGCUAUGGCCAUUUCAGAUUGCGGAAAGCUGAUAACUUGGGGUUCAGCAGAUGAUGAAGGGCAAAGCUACUUGACAUCAGGGAAGCACGGGGAAACGCCAGAGCCGCUCAGUCUUCCAACUGAAGCUUCAAUAGUGAAGGCAGCUGCUGGUUGGGCUCAUUGUGUUUCUGUAACAGAUAAAGGUGAAGGGUACACAUGGGGCUGGAAGGAGUGUGUCCCCUCUGGGAAAAUCACCUGUGAUUUGGUUACUGGAGGGAGCUUUGAAAAGGAUAUUGUUGGGAAACAGACUACUUUACAAACUGAACAAGUGAGUCCAAAGUCGCGAGGAUCCAAUGUAAGUGGUGGAACAGUUUCUCAAACAGAGAAUCGAAAGGCUGGGGAGGAAACAGCAAAGCGAAGAAGAAUAUCUGCAGCAACAGAAGAACAUGAAAGCUUAGCUUCUGGAGAUGAAUUUUUCACUGUGUCUCCCUGUCUCGUGACUCUGGGCCCAGGAGUAAAGAUCACAAGUGUUGCUGCAGGCGGGCGCCAUACUUUAGCACUGUCAGAUAUGGGACAGGUCUGGGGUUGGGGCUAUGGAGGUGAAGGACAGCUAGGCCUAGGUUCCCGAAUAAAAAUGGUGUCUUCUCCGCACCUCAUACCAUGCAUUGAACAAACUACUUCUGGAAAAGAUAGGUCUCUAGCAGUUCAUCAAGGAAGCUUGAGUUCACAAAUGCAACUUUCUAAAGCGUAUGGAAGCUAUGUGAAGGAAAUCACUUGUGGAGGUCGGCAUAGUGCAGUAAUAACAGAUGCUGGAGCUUUACUUACCUUCGGUUGGGGACUUUAUGGGCAGUGUGGCCAAGGAAGUACAAGUGAUCUUUUGAAACCAACUUGCGUUUCUUCUUUAUCGGGUAUACAAGUCCUAGGAGUUGCUGCUGGCCUGUGGCAUACUGUCUGCGUAGCUGUUGAUGGCCAAGUAUAUGCCUUUGGUGGUAAUCAGUUUGGACAGCUGGGUACUGGUGCUGAGCAGGCUGAGACGUCACCAAGGCAAUUGGAUGCCACAAGUUUGGAGGGCAAGCAUGCAAAGAUGGUAUCAUGCGGGGCCCGCCACAGUGUUAUACUUACAGAUGAUGGCCGAGUACUCAGCUGGGGUUGGAAUAAGUACGGUCAGCUUGGUCUGGGUGAUACAAUCGACCGUAACACUCCUGCUCCGGUUCCCAUAGACGGUUGCCUACCAAAAAAUGUUGCUUGUGGUUGGUGGCACACGCUAUUGCUGGCAGAAACACCAAUUUGGGCCCCCAAUUCUUGAUAAGAUCGAAGAGGAACAGUUUUGGUAGGGUAGAGAUGCACUGACUGGUCAGGGUUCUUUGAUGUAAUCAUCGCCUUAGUGUACGACUGUACAUAUUGCUGUUUGCACAUCCAUUAAAGCAUGUACUCAUUCUUUCAGGGGCUAGUUUGUCUUUAACAGCAGAUUGCAGUGCCAGCUGCAUUAAUUUGUACACGAACAAUAAAAACUAGUACUGAUACAUUAGAUAAUUAGUAGGUAUGUCAUUCCUUUGCCUGGUGGUACAAAGUUGUGUGGACAAAUAUGCCUUUUUAAGUUUGCUCGAAGUGGGAAAACAGAGAG